UUGGCCUGUUUACAACAGCAAAAUGUGACCACUGUCUUUGGUUUCCGGCUCCGGAACAGUCUUUUUCCCUAUAGACGCCAUCAUGGGUAUCUCAAGAGAUAAAUGGCACAAGCGCAGGGCCACUGGUGGCCGUAUGGCUGCCUUAAGAAAGAAGCGAAAGUUCGAACUUGGUCGCCCACCAGCACACACAAAGCUUGGAGCAAAGAGAAUACACACGAUUCGGACAAUGGGAGGCAACAAGAAAUAUCGAGCUCUGCGUCAAGAUCAUGGAAACUUUUCCUGGGGUAGUGAAGCUGUCACUCGCAAGACUCGUAUCAUUGAUGUUGUAUACAAUGCCUCCAACAAUGAGUUUGUACGUACAAAGACCCUCGUGAAAAGCUGUAUUGUACAGAUUGACUCUACCCCAUUCAGGCAGUGGUAUGAGGCUCAUUAUGCCACACCCCUUGGUCGCAAGAAGGGUGUCAAAUUGUCAGAGGAAGAGGAUGCUGCUCUAAACAAAGUUCGCUCUAAGAAAACUCAAAAGAAAUACGAGGCAAGAAAGAAGAUAGCAAAAGUAGAACCUGCCUUGGAUGAACAAUUUGCAACAGGCAGAGUUUAUGCCAAGAUUUCAUCCAGGCCUGGUCAGUGUGGUAGAGUUGAUGGAUUUGUUCUUGAGGGCAAGGAACUUGAGUUUUACAUUAGGAAAAUGAAGUCCAAGAAGACCAAAUAAAUAAUUUGCAGUGAUAAUAAAAAAAAUUCAUGUAAAGUG